AUGACGAAGACCAGAGGAGGCCUUUCCGCCUCCCCAUCCUCACCGACACCUCGGCCACAGCGAGCCGCCAUGGGAGCCGCACCUUCACCUCCCGUUCAGGCCCCGGCCAUUCCCCCAUCUAAGGGGGAAGCUCCUUCUCAGCGCCGAUACCCCACCCGGAGGCCACCCGCAGACCCUGUGCCACCAGUCGAACAGGCCACGAGCCCUGUUUCUCGGCCCCCUGCGAAAAGGUCAAGGUUCUCGGAUCCUGGAGAGCCAUCCCACGCACCUCAGCCACAACCAGCUACAGAGGAACCUCGGAUUCCAGUCGACAUGCCUCCCGAGGCCAUUAUCAGGCGUCCCAUGAUAGCUGGACCGCCGAUUGAGGAGCUACCCCGAGUUGAGCAGAUACCUCAGGCCCAGCAGGAUGAGAUUCUCACAGAGACACCACCUCCUACCCCAGCAGCACACCCCUCAGUGCACAUGCCCGAGGCUAUACAUUCUACCUCCCCUAUCACUCAGGGUGCUCCACCAACAGCGCCAGCUACCCCAGCACCUCCUCCUCCAUCUGAGCCCACUGUCACCAUUUCUCUUACAGAAUUCAGAGGCUUAGAGCUUGGAGGCGCAUUUACUGCUUCAUUGUCGUCAUUGCUGACAUCAUCCUUCUAUUGCAUUUUGCAUAUUAUGAUAACUUUCAUCAUCCAGAAAGAAGGUUUCAACUAA